AACAACUUUCAGCUCGACAGUUUGUUCGUCGUUCUGCCUCCAAAACAGUCAAGAUGGCCGGCCUCCCUCCCGUUUACAUUGUCUCGGCCGCGAGAACCCCCGUUGGCAGCUUCCUGGGCAGCCUCUCCAGCCUUAGCGCCACGCAACUGGGCUCCCACGCCAUCAAGUCUGCCGUCGAGCGUGUGCCCCAAAUCAAGCCUGAGGAUGUUGAGGAGGUCUUCUUUGGAAAUGUUCUUUCCGCCAAUCUCGGUCAGGCCCCGGCCAGGCAGUGCGCCCUUGGUGCCGGCCUCUCGGAGGCCGUUGUCUGCACAACAGUCAACAAGGUGUGCGCCUCGGGCAUGAAGGCCAUCAUCCUUGGUGCCCAGACCAUCAUAACUGGCAACGCCUCCAUCGUCGUCGCUGGCGGCACUGAGAGCAUGUCCAACACGCCACACUACCUCACGAACCUCCGCACCGGCAACAAGUACGGCGACACUCCACUCGUCGACGGUGUGCAGAAGGAUGGUCUCCGGGAUGCUUACGGCAAGCAGGAGCUCAUGGGCAUGCAGGGCGAACUCUGCAGCCAAGAGCUUGGCCUGACCCGAGAGCAGCAGGACGAGUACGCCAUCAACACAUACAAGAGGGCCCAGGCCGCUACCGCGGCUGGCCUUUUCACCGAGAUCGCCCCCAUCGAGGUGAGCGGCGGCCGCGGCAAGCCGCCUGUCAAGGUUGACCGGGAUGAGGAGGUCAAGAACCUGAACGAGGAGAAGCUCAAGACGGUCCGUCCUGCCUUCAUUCCCAACGGUGGCACGGUCACGGCCGCCAACGCCGCCCCCAUCAACGACGGUGCUGCUGCGGUGGUUCUUGUCUCCGAGGCCAAGCUCAAGGAGCUCGGCAUCAAGCCCAUUGCCAAGAUCAUCGGCUGGGCCGACGCGGCGCGGGACCCCUCUCACUUCACCAUCGCCCCGGCGCUGGCCAUCCCCAAGGCGAUCAAGCACGCUGGCCUGACGGAGAAGGACGUCGACUACUACGAGAUCAACGAGGCUUUCUCGGUGGUGGCUCUGGCCAACAUCAAGCUGCUCAACCUCGACCCCGAGAAGGUCAACGUGUUUGGUGGCUCUGUUGCCAUCGGUCACCCCCUGGGCGCUUCGGGAGCUCGCAUCGUCACGACGCUGACGUCUGUGCUCCGCGAGAAGAAGGGCAGGAUCGGUGUGGCGGGUAUCUGCAACGGCGGUGGCGGCGCCUCCGCCUUGGUGAUUGAGAACCUGCAAUCGGCGGUGCUCCAAGAGCUAGCCAAGCCCAAUUUGUAAGGGAUAACUGUGCGCAGGACAAAGAGGUACGCCAGAUCAUGGCAAAUACCGCCAGAAACAAUCAAUGCAUAAUUGAGGCUCGAUGGCUUUCUGU